AUGACCGCCGCUCUUGGAUGCUUCGAUAAAGAGAAAUACGAUUAUCAGCCGGCAAUUGGAAUUCCAGAUGUUUUUGAGGCAGUGCAGUCGGGCCAGGCAGAGUUAGGUGUUGUGCCUUUCGAGAAUUCCACGAAUGGAGCUGUGAUCUUUACCCUAGAACUCCUCGCAGAUCGCCAUUCCUUAUAUAAAGAUGUCACAAUAUGUGGCGAAGCCUAUCUUGAUGUUAGUCACUGCCUGUUAGGUUAUAUUUCGACGGCAGAUUCUCCAGUAAUGUCCGGUACUUGUACUCCAACUACCUCGACCCCAUCUCCAGUCAAGCCAAAGACGACGCCGUUAUCUAGUCUCAAUCACAUUCAAAGAAUUUACACACAUCCACAGGCAUAUGGCCAAUGCGAAGCAUUUUUAGGAACAUACUUGAAGGGUGUUGAGAGACUGGACGUCAGUUCCACAAGCAAAGCGGCCGAAAUUGUGAAAGCAGAUAAGUCUGGUACGAGUGCAGCAAUUGCUAGUUCGCUCGCAGCAGAUAUUCAUGGAUUGGAUAUUCUUGCAAAGGGAAUCGAAGAUCGUGAAGACAAUACUACCAGAUUUCUCAUUUUGCGCAAAGGUGUGGAUACAUCUGCGACGAAGGUUAAUGUUGCGGCGAAGUCCAUGGUUACUUUCACGAUUGAUCACCGAACACCCGGUGCACUCGCAGAUGUGCUGGAUUGUUUCAAGAGAUACCAAGUCAAUUUGACCAGUAUCAACAGCCGGCCUACAAAAGUAGUUCCAUUCCAAUACAUCUUCUUCGUCGAGUUUGAAGGCAGUAAGCUGAGUGAUCCUGAGGGAAAAGUCGCUGGAGCAUUGGAUAAUCUCGACAAAUACACAAAAAACUGGCGCUGGCUUGGAAGCUGGGAAGAUAAACUUGUGGAUAGACAGAAAUAA